GUUAUACAUAGCAGUAUGACAACAAAAUAACUCUAGCAGUUCCUGUUGAGACGUACAGAAACUAUCUUGCAGAAUACAUCUAUUGUUGUCUUACUGGUGAAACACCCGACUUGUGACAAAUGGACGUGUUCCAUAAAAUCAACGAGUGUGAAUUGAACCCAGGAGACCAUAUAUAUGUAUGGAAGACAAUGUAUUUAUACUCGCAUCACGGGAUUGUAGCGGGGAGAAAAGGAGGUGUUUGGCAAAUCAUACAUUUUACUCCAGAUGAGUGGAAAUCUAAGAGUACAGCCAGGAUUAGAAUAACGUCUCUUGAUGAAUUUAGAGAAGGCAGUAUUGGGGACAUACGAUUAUAUAGGUAUGGUUAUCCCUGGAUCGUUUGCUUUUUUAAGAGACGUGGAACCUGCUGUCAUGUGUUCAGUGAUCAUGUGGAUGUUGUUUUGCGUCGAGCUAGAGAGUGUUUAAAUUUGGGCCUGCCUGUAGAUGGGGAGUAUCAUUUAUUGGUGAACAACUGUGAACAUUUCUGCUUGUACUGUAAAUUGGGGCCAAAUUACAAACACCUACAACAUUUUAGUCAAGCAGCAUUCUAGCCAAAAUGAGCAUGGCUCUAAAAUGUUAGAUUGUGUUCAAACAUAAUUGCCAUGGUUCAUCGUAUUAUGAGAGAAGUCCAGGAUUUAGCACCAUGGUUGACCACGGUGAACAUUUUUGCAAACAGACUCUGUCAGGUUUUAACACGUUUGAAAGUGUGUUUCCUCGUGAGUUUUCUGGCAGCCAAAAUCAUAGCAAACAUGUUCGAACACAGUUACAGUCGCAGACAGUGAAAUAGUUUGUCAUUUUUAGUCAUACAUAUUAUUGUUCUAGUUCUACCUGCAUUAUAUUAUGUUAGUUCCUUUUGGUUUUCUAGGUAUAUUUCCAUUACAUGAUUUACCUUAUAUGCCAAUCUUUAUUGGAUACAAUUUAAGUGAUGGUGAGAAAAAGGUAAUUCGAUUUUUCUUCAUAUACAAACUGAGCUGAAACCAAUAUUUGUUGUAUAUAACAAAUAUUCCUUGUAGUGUUUUGAUGAUUGAUGAAGGAAAUGUACGAAGAAUGAUUUUGUAUUCUAAUUCUGAGCCAAACUAUAUUUUUGUUCUGUAAUAUUCAUAAUAAGCUAUCACAGUACUUCAUCGUCAACUAUGAAUAGUCUUGUUUUCAUUUAUUUGAAAUAUACUUACUGUUGUAUAAAAAUAAUCUCAGAUAUGGCCACAUUUUUACUAAAAAAUAAAUCUUUAAUAAUGAUAAAAUGAUUAAUGAUGUAA